UAAAAAUAAAAGAAGAUAGGCGCUUUUAUGCUACAUGGCAGCUGUCGCUUUGUCGUUUGUGAACCGGAAAUGCAAAGCAGCCGUUUUAUUUGUUUUGUUUCACGAUCGUGAGCCGGAAGUGAUCUACCAUAAAUGCGGACGUGCUGCUGCAUUGGUUUUGGUGCGGAUUUUAUGGUCUAACGAUAUGGAAUAACAUUCCCUGAUUAAGGACUGAAAAUAAAGUCGACUCGCAACAUUGAAAGCUUUGUGGAACGUAUAAAUCUUAAGAAAAAGGAGCAUUCUUGCUUUUAAUUGCAUUUUCACCUACAGAAUGAAGUUAAUUUAACUGCUUGCUGUCAAUCUCACUGUUACAAAAGCAUAGGAAAAUGUCCACGUUUUAAAGGUUUGUUACCGUAGCACUUGACUGGUGGUGGACUCAUUCUUGUGACAAUCAACCUAACUGAAGAAACUGAGCGAGGUCGAGGAGACGAGUCACGGGAUCAGUUCUGAAAGGCCUCCCCCAUGGGAGCGGAGCAGAGCGGUGAUUCGGAGCACAAGCACUCCGAUUACAACACUACAGGUACCAGGUCGUCCCCUCCCCUGCAAAGCAGAGGGCAAAAAUGGAUGACAUCGUGGUGGUGGCCCCAGGGACACAGUCCUCUCGCAACAUUCACAAUGACCCCGAUGUCAUCAAGCUGCAGGAGAUCCCCACCUUCCAGCCUCUGCUCAAAGGGGUCCUGAGCGGCCAGACGUCCCCUAGCAGCGGGCGCCUGGAGAAGCUGGACUCGGUGCAGGUGUUGCAGCUUUGCCUGCGCUACCAGGACCACCUGCACCAGUGUGCGGAGGCUGUGAGCUUCGACCAGAAUGCCUUGGUCAAGAGGAUCAAAGAGAUGGACCUCUCGGUGGAGACACUCUUCAGUAUCAUGCAGGAGAGGCAGAAGCGGUACGCCAAAUACGCGGAGCAGAUCCAGAAGGUCAACGAGAUGUCCAUGAUCCUGCGUCGCAUCCAGAUGGGCAUCGACCAGACGCUGCCACUAAUGGAGAGACUGAACAACCUGCUGCCAGAGGGCGAGCGCCUGGAGCCCUUCAGCAUGAAGCCUGAGGGUGAGGCCAAGUAGCCAUGCCAGUCAUUGGAGAAGCCCCACCCAUUGCAUGAGAAGCUCCGCCCAAAGACAGACUCUUGAGCUGCCCCUUGUUACAGAGCCCAUGGGUCAACAAAAGGAUACAUGAAGGUGAAUUGACUUCUUGGGUUGUGUGUGUCGACGGGUUGCGUUACUUAUUGAAUAUCAGGGAUGACUGUAUGGGCAGUAUUAGAACAUCUCAUGAGUUCUGUACUAUACAUACAGUAUUAGACUUGAAUAAGAAAGAGGGACAGAAUGUGCUGUCCUGCAAGGAAAUGACAUCCUAUGUAGAUAGAGCUUGUAAGAACACUAACGGAUCUUUCCCCAAUCUGUCUUCUUAUUAGGCAUGUUAAAGUGUUUCUUACCAUUUUUCACACAGUUGAAUUUUGGUAUAGCAAGCACACUCCUUGCCUGGUUUAGUGCUUGAGUCAUGUGGUGGACAUUGACAAAAAUGCAAGUCCGUAAAUGUUCGUCAUGAUGUGGCACAGUGCUGAAUCUCAAGUCCAGUGUACAUGAAGCUGAUUGCUAAAUAAAACCGUGUUUACUGUUAGAAAUGUUAAACUAAAAAAAGCUUAUCUUCUGUAUUUCUGAAAUUAAAAUUCUUAAUGUGUAAAAUUCACCAUUUUAGUUUGAGAUCUAUAAUGUCAUAAUGACAUAUUGAGCCCACGUUAUAUUUUUCCUUGUAAAAACUUGCACAAUUCUCAAUGAGGAUUAGAGAGUAAAUGAGUGCCUUUUUAACAUCACGCCAGCCAAAUCCACUGGCCUUUCUUGCACUUUGAACUGUGCAUCUUGAUAAUGUACCAUUUUUUCACUGUUAUAGAAAUAGAAUUGUUUAAAUAUGGUCAAUGUACAGUUUUCUGGGAACAUCUGAUGUUGCUUUAGAUCUAUGUACACAAAAUGCAUGAAAACAUGACUGUCAGUCCAGUGAGACUAUUUAAUAAAGCUCCAGACUUUGAGCUGUC